AUGGUACUGUCCGUCAAAGGUGCUUUGGCGUCGCUAUCUGUCGUACGCAAACCGAAUGAUGAGACACUUCAAACGUUGCUUAUAGAGGCGGAGUCCAUGGUAAAUUCUCGACCUCUCACGUAUCUUCCAAUUGAAUCGGAAGAACAAGAAGCGCUCACUCCAAACUGUUUUUUGAUGUUGAGUACCAGUGGAGUGAACCAACCAGCUAGAGAACAAACUGAUACCAACAAGUUAGCCCAUUGCAAUUGGACACUAUGCCAGCAGUUGCUGGAUCAGUUCUGGAGUCGCUGGAUUAAAGAAUAUCUGCCGACCAUCACUAAGCGGACGAAAUGGUUCAAAGAUGGCAAAUCGAUACAGGUGGGUGACUUGGUAGUAGUAGUGAAGGAUCGGGUUCGAAACGGCUGGCUGAGAGGACGAGUGGUACGAGUAUAUCCAGGACGUGAUGGCCGAGUGAGGAAAGCUGCAGUGAUGACAACCAAUGCAGGAGUAUUAGAUCGGUCGGUAGCGAAGCUAGCAGUUCUAGAAGUAGGAGGUACAGCCGAAGUUGACUUCAAGCAAUACGGGUCGGGGAAUGUUACGAACGACGAUCAAACAGCACCAGGGAUCGAAAGGGUCACUCGGACGACACGCAGUAGGAGAUAA